AUAAAUAAAUAAAUGCGAGGAAGAGAAAGAAGAAAGCAGGUCCGUACCGGAAGUCACGCUGUAGUUUGUCGCUCAGGAAACACAGCAGCGCAAAUAAGCCGUUGUCCCCAACAGCCGAGGUUAAAGUUAGCUAAACAAACAUGCCCCGCGUUUACAUCGGACGACUGAGCUACCAUGUCUGCAAAAAGGACGUCAAGCUGUUUUUUGGUGGAUAUGGAAAGGUCACGGAGAUCGAUUUGAAAAACGGAUACGGUUUCGUGGAAUUCGAGGACAACCGAGAUGCCGACGACGCUGUGUAUGACCUCAACGGGAAGAAGCUGUGCGGGGAGAAAGUGACGGUCGAGCAUGCCCGCGGACCGCGGCGAGACCGGGAUAGCUACGGUGGGGGUGGUGGGCGCAGUAGUGGGUACAAUAGCCGAAACCGCGGUGGUGGUAGGGAUAAGUAUGGGCCUCCUGUCCGUACAGAGAACCGCCUCAUUGUGGAGAACCUGUCUACCCGCUGCAGCUGGCAGGAUCUUAAGGACUUAAUGCGUCAGGCAGGAGAGGUGACCUACGCAGAUGCCCACAAGAGAAGCGCCAACGAGGGUGUCAUCGAGUUCCGCUCCUAUUCAGACAUGAAAAGAGCCCUGGACGAGCUGGAUGGUACGGACAUUAAUGGGAAGAAGAUCCGCCUGAUAGAGGAUCAGCCUCGCAAACGAAGGUCUUGCUCAGGCAGCCACUCUAGGUCCCGCAGUCGUCGUCGCUCCCGCAGCAGGAGCUCCAGGAGCCACUCCAGAUCCUGUUCCAGGGCUCGAUCUCGUAGCAACAGGUCUCGAUCUCGUAGCAGCAAAAGGAGUCAUCGUUCCCGCUCCAAGUCUGGAAGAAGCAAAUCUCGCUCCCGGAACCGUAGAUCCCGGUCUCGCUCCCACACCCGGAAGUCCCGUUCUCGCUCUCGUAAGUCCAGGUCUCACUCAGGUGAGCGCAAGUCCAAGUCCAGCCGUUCCAAGAGCCAUUCCAAGGUGAAGUCAGAGCGGGACUCGCGCAGCAGCUCCAAGGAGAAUCCAAGUGAAAAAAGGUCCAGGAGUCGCUCUGCCUCCUCGGUGGAAAAUGGAAAGGAGGUGCAUGCUGCCAAAUCAGCCUCAUGCUCACCGUCUCCACAGGCCAAACACCUCCGCUCAAAGUCUGUGGAGAAGCAGUCAACAUCCCUUUCAAAGUUUGAUUCGCAGUCUAGAUCAGCCUCUCAGGAUUAAAGGGAGUUUUGGUGGGGGAAGGGAGAUGCAUCAUCUACAGUUAUUUCAUGAUCCUCAGGCUUUUACAAGACAGGUUGUGUGUUUGUAAUGCUGGCUUAUACUCCUCUGUUCCUCCCUCAAGUGUGCACUUGUCUCAGAUAUUUUCAGUGUUGUUCCCUGGCAUGGUGAGGAGGCUCACAAUGAUACAUGGCUACUGGUCAACGUGAAAAGGGUUUGAUUUUGUAAUGCCUAUUUCCAUUUUCAAGAUUUUUCUUGAACCUCAUUGGUCAGUAUCUCUCAUGAACAAAAACGACACUAUUUAAAUGAAAGAAUUACUAUUACAUUUGAUGCUCCCUCUCAUUUUGUAACAAAACUGCAGGUGAAAUUGAGAAUUUUUUUCUGCCAGCAGCCCCCAAACCUCAAUUAAUGUCUGAAGUUCUGCCAAAAUUAUAUAUCUCAUGUUCAGCGUUGGGAUGUAUCUGUGUGGGGGAAGAGUUAAGGGUAGUUGGGAUACAAUGUGGGAGUAGGUCUCUCUUUAUUUAAUGUCUGUCAUUUUAGAAUGGGAAGUUGCAUCCCUAAUGCUAUGUAUUUCUCUAUAGCAAUCUAAAAUGUAUAAUUAAAUGCUUUAAUAAUGUGAGUGCAUACUACCUGGCAUGAGGGGUUUGAAUUUUGCUCAUUCGGGAACAAAAUAUAUGAUGGAUGCAAAAUGAUUUGUUUUUUGUCUCUUUUUUUUUACACUGUAAACAGCUUAUGUGUUGGAUGGGCUUUGAUUUCUACUUUCCUAGAAGCCCUGAAAGUGUUAUUGUUGCAGGGGUGUUUUUUUCUCUACAGAAUUUUUGACAACAGAAUAUUUUCCUUGUUUUCCUAUUUUCCUCACUGAAAGAGCUUGGUGUUCAUAUCCCUUGCUUUAUAGUUCGUAGUUUGAUUGAACCAAAUGAAGUUAUCUUUUUCUUUUGUGCGCUAUGCACUGAGUUAGAGAAGCAACUGCUGUGGAGGAUGUCAGUAGGUGGCAAACCUGCAAAGGGCAUUCAUAGGAAUGUUUCAUACAUCAAAUCUCGAGAUUUUUGGGCUCUUCAUCAUUUUCAACAUUUGAUUUAUUGACACCGUUCAACUUGGAAGUGAAACUUGACUUCUUGAUACAAUCUUUUUUUGUUUGUUUUUGGUAGGUUUCUUGUUUGUUCAAUAAAAGAUCUCAAUCAUAA